CGAAACAUCUCACCACUUACCCGCAGUAUGCUAGAUCGUAACUGUAGUGCAUAAUAGCUAAAUUAAUGCCUUGAGUUGUACGUUAGGCGCCACUGUCAUGCGCUAAAGGCGCUUACAAAUAAACCUCUCAAGCUUUUAAACAUAAUAGUCGUUAAAUAUACUUGCAGUUGUUAACCAUUAAUCUAAGAAAGAACUGUCGGGCAAUUUACGUUCACGUAAUGGUCUAAAACGCUCAAGUUUUACGUCGGGUACCACCGUUAAGCAUUCCGCCAAACGCCUGGCUUCUUUCGGUACGAAACCAAGUGUACAUGCUCGGAUAUGACCCUACAGUACCGCGUGUGUUUCAUAUUUAGCAAACAAACCAGAUACCCAUUGCGCCACCAGAAAAACCUGGCCAUUGUUGUCCAACUGAAGCCUGCUACAUAACUAAAGUUCGGCGCAUUUUGAAACAACCUUUCAAUAAAAGGCUCUCAGCAUCUACUCCCAUUACGACUGCUGCUGCUGCUGUGGACUGACUGGUAUUAUAUUGUUAUGUGGAUCAAUUUAUUAAAAGAUCGUGCUCGUUUGAUGUGCGUAAUUGAAAAGGAUAAUCUACAUGGUGAUGUUGAAAACCCGAAGACAACAGAUGAAAACACAAUGAUGUUACAACUUUAAGGCAAUUACACGGAUAGUUCCAUCAGAUCAAUUCCAGAAACUAGAACUGAUCUAAGUCAGGUCGUUCUAAACACGAAAGGUGAGGCAAUCGAAAAGGCGGUAUCGUCAUAGCCCGCCAGGGGUGCAUGUGCUCAGAGAAUUAUAAACAAACAAAGACGAUCGCGACGAAUCUUCGAAACAAGAUGGCCGCACCCAUUAGAUGUCAGAAGCGUUCGAGAAAAUCACGAAAAGAUGUUUCUCUAUCUAUUAUCAUGGUUUGCUAUGGGUGUACAAGUAUGUUUCGCGGUCUUAUGCAUCGCAUCGGGUUUAUAUUAUUUGGCUGAAAUUGUUGAAGAGUUCACAGUUGCGACAGCUCGUGCUAUCCGAUAUAUGAUAUUUGGCACUAUAUUUAUCUACUCAUGUCUUCUCGUGUUCGAGAACUUCCCAACGACGAUGUUGCUUAGCGGCUUCCUUAGCCAGGUCUCACAUUUACUAGUCUUAAAAACAUUCCCAUUUGUUGACCCCAUGUCGCCAUCGUUCAUCGCCGGCGGUGUUUUGGUGGUGUGGAAUCAUUAUCAGGCAUUUUCGUUCUUCUCGUCAGUCUAUUUUCCAUUCAGCGAGGUGCUCGCCUACUUCACACUUUGCCUGUGGGCGGUUCCGUUCGCCUUUGUUGUUUCUUUAUCUGCGAACGAUGCUGUUUUGCCUACAAGAGCCGAACGGAAAAUCCUUGAUGACGGUGAUCCUUUCGGCCAAUCAUUCAACUUCGCUAAACGAGGACUUAAGAAGUCCUCAUUAUUGACUUUGUUUAGAUCUGCUCGGGAAUCAAUUCUGCCUCAACGUGUAAAGAGAGCAUUUUAACAGCGAGAGAACAAGAUAGGUAGGGAAGAAUUUAUCUUUUUGAAGAUCAUUGCGCGCUUAACGGUCGGCGGGAUAUGGAUCGACGUCGACCUCCUUCAGUCGGCGUUUUGUCAAUGUUGCAUAUGCCAAGGAACGACCAUUAAAAUGGACACUAUUUAAUUGUCAUCAAAAACAUCUAUUCCCCCGGAUAGAAUACAUUCUCACGAUGAAAGAUGUGAUGUCAUCAUUUCACAUCAUCACCCUCUCAAUAACAAACUAAGUAGUAUUGGUGGCAGCUUUCGUCCAUCACCCUAAAAAAGACGGAUAUACUAGACCGAGCGUACAGUCUGCCCGCGUGUGUGCAUGGGGAAGUGUAAGGAAACGAUUGCCUUAAUUCUAAAACUGGUCUUUUUCAUGGGUAUUAUUCUUAAGUCACAUGAGCAAGGCUGCUUAGACAUAUAGGCCCUAUGCGAAGACGUGCGUUGUUGUAAAAAAAAGUACAGGCGCAGACGAUCCCUCACCUGACAUUUGGUGGUAGUGUGCCAUUAAUCUUUAUACUAUCUACUGUACAAAGUAUCGUAGUAGGGGCAUAUUAUUACGUACCGCUUUUAUUUGUGGUACAUUAAAGACAGUAAUGAUAACCAGAUAUUACAGUCACAGGGUGGAGUAAAUAGCAUGAACCUUGAACUUUUCGUGAUUCUAUUAUUUCUUUAGUUUGGCAUUAAUUAUUCCCACGAUGCCAACUAAUCAGAUGGAAUGGAAGAAGAUGUUGGGUAGGCAUGCAGGCUAGGAUGUAGCUGUCGUUAGCAAAGGAAAAGUCGACUGGGGGGGGCGAUUGAGAGAGUGAAGAUCGACGCCUAAUGGACGCCGCAUGAAUGGAAUUGUAUAUUUAUAACACUACAACAUAACAAACUAGACAAUCGUAGACAAUAGAUGAUAUCCACUGUUAAGUUACAGGUUGGUAACCGUAGUCAUCUUUUGCUGAUACAUACAGCUGCACACAAUAUGCAGGAGAAGAAGCACACUGACGCAACAAAAAACCUAGAUGAACACGAAAUUAGCUUGUUUUGUAUAUAGUCGAUGGUUUUUUAGUGUACUGAUGUUGUCCGCAUUGUUUCGUUCUUAUGCGUCAACAAUGACCACCAAAGAAUGUCUACGGCGCGCGUGACGGAAUCGUGAAUUGUCAACUGAGAAACAAAAUAAAGCGUUCCGUUGAACUAGUAGUCGCCAUUUUGUAGAUCAGCAUAUUGCGGUGAAGAAAUUAAUUAAAACUUAAUAUAUGCUCUGUUGUCUGCUGGUCACAUUCGACUAGCAUUCACUUUCAAGAUGUAAAUGUUUAAUGAUGGAGUUGAGCUUUGAUGAGUAAUACCAUAUGCGGAAAGAUGCUAGAAGACGUCAGAGUGAGCGAAAUGUCAUCGUGUAGACUAGGCGCGAUAUUUACAUUAUUGCCAAAUGGUCACACUUAUUAUGAAUUCAAUCCUGAUCUAUCCGAGACUUAUUUUCUGGGUUUACAUACUAUACAACUAACGAUAUAGUAUAAGAGAUAGUUUUGAAAAGGGGAGAUCUGCAAAUUUAGUUUAAUAGCAUCACCAUGCAUUAGCUAUAAGCGAAUAUAAUCUUCUUGAAAUAUUACCACCACUGGUAUUUUGGGGAGCUCAGAGAUGUAAUCUAAUCGACGAUGGGUCUAUUCGUUGCAUAGUAGUUUCCGUCGGAAAUCAGUCUUUGCUGGGAAGUCUCUGAGACCUGAGCCAACAUUAGUGAACACCAGGAGAAUUUGGAAUGCGCGAAAGGAGGCGGCAAUUUAUCAGUGUCUCAAUAAAUUUUUGUACCCUUGAAUAACAAGAACUAGUUGGAUUUUUCUAAGUCUUGAUUAAGAACUAGUUAAGUUAUCCUAAAUAAGAGAUUUUCCAUUGUUGUGUAAAUGAAAUGUCUACUUAUUUCUCAACCUGGUGAAUUGCUUUAAGGUAGUAGAAGUUGAACAAUCUAAACUACAAUUAGAUUUUAUAUGGAAGAUGGGCUAUCCGUAUAAAUGAAUCAAUGUGCAAGUGAAUUACGCCUAUUUUUUUUGCAAAAGUGUCAUUCCUCCUUGCAAAAUCAGAAAAAGUCGUGGUUCUGAUAUCAAAUGGUUUAUCAGUUGCACCGUCAAUUUUAACUGCUUAAAAGUAAUACGGCCUGUUUGCCCUUCAGGGACCUAAGAUACCAGACGUGUGUUCCAUACGUCUGUGAUACUCGACUGUUUGUUCCAAGUUAUUUUGCAGAAUGAGCUAACUUAAAGCUCAUCAAAGGAUUCACUGAUGAUACUACGUCCAGUAGUUUUAUUCGUCUAUAUAUAUAUGCUGAAAAUAAAAUGAAAACUACGAGUUAAAAUCAACGAAUUUACACUAUUUUUUUUUAGAAAAACGUGAGUUUCAUGAAAAUGAAGAUCGUAACCGUUUUCUUCCCAUAUAGACUGUCCUGUUACCCAGAGGCUAAUGGCCUUGUACGUCUCUUAGCUUGUCGCUAUUUAAAAACUGACUCAUUAUAAUCAGUACCCAUAUGGCAAUAGAAUAUUUUAUAGGUUUCCAUAUACCGUUUAGUUAUUUUAGAGUUUUAUUUUGCACCUUCCAUAUAAA